UGGCCUCUUCAUACUUGAACUUGAUUUCUCAAUCAAGCAGUGCUAGCCCCUUCAGUACUUUUGGUUGAGUUUGAGAUCUCAAUUCAAAGCUAUAGAGCCAUGGUGGAGGAAAUGAGGACAACAUUGAUGGUGAUCGAGGUCGACCUUGAAUGUAGUCGCUGCUACAAGAAGAUCAAGAAAGUGCUUUGUAAAAUCCCUCAAAUACAAGACCAGGUAUACAACGAGAAGGAAAACUUGGUGUUAAUCAAAGUGGUAUGUUGCUCUGCUGAAAAGAUAAAGCAAAAGAUAAUUUACAAGGGUGGUGAUACCAUUAAGAACAUUGAGAUCAGAGAGAUUAAGAAGUCCAAGCCAACUAAGGAGAACCCAAAACUGGAUUCAAAGCCUCUUCUUGGACCGGUUGGAUUUGGGACCUGUUGUUGUACGGAAUGUGUUCAGGGUCGUAGUGAGGGGCCAUGCCAUUGUGGCCAAUGUAGGCCACCCCGAUGUGACUGUGGCAGCUGCCAUGGAAGGCCAAAUUGUGAAAGUUUUAGUCGUGGGUGUACAAGGAGUUGUAAUGUGAAUCAAAAUCAAUUUGAUCACUUCAGUCCUGAGCCUUCCCCUUUAUGCACCAUCAUCUAUAGAGCCAUGACGGGGGAAAAGAAAACAACAAUUAUGUGGAUCAAGGUCGACCUUCAAUGCCAUCGCUGCCGCAAGAAGAUCAAGGAAGUGCUCUGUAAAUUCCCUCAAAUACAAGACCAGGUGUACGACGAGAAGGGAAACUAUGUGGUAAUAAAAGUGGUAUGUUGCUGUCCUGAAAAGGUAAAGCAAAAGAUAAUUUGCAAGGGUGGUGAUACCAUUAAGAGCAUCGAGAUUAGAGAGAUUGAGAAGACGACCAAGCCAGCUGAGAAAGAGAAGCCACCAGAAAAAGAGAAGCCACCUGAGAAGGAGAAGAAUCCACCACAAAAGAAAGACCCUGAACCGGUUUCAAAGCUUACUCUUGGACCGGUUUGUGUGCCUGUACGGCCGUGUGGAUGUGGGACUUGUUGUCCGAAAUGCUGUGGGCGUCGUGGUGGGGGGCCAUGCCUUUGUGGUCAUGGUACUAAGCGAUGGCCUCAUGCUAAACCGGUUCCUGUACCUGCAGUGCCGGCUUGCCCGGUUGGGUUUGGGACGUGUUGUACGGAAUGCUAUGAGGGUCGUGAUGGAGGGCCAUGCCAUUAUGGUCAUGGUAGGCCACCCCCAUGUUAUGAUGGCUGCUAUUAUGGAAGGCCCGUUUAUGAUAGUUAUGGUGGCGGGUAUAGAUGUGAAGAAACUUCCUCUGGAUGCACCAUCAUGUAGUUUUUAGAGUUUGCAAGCACGCAUGAUGGUAAUGGUAAUCAUGUUCUAGUUGCCUACUUGCAGGAAAAUAAAUAAUGUUCUAGUUGCCUUUGUUAUCACAUGGUCCGGCUGGUUUUUUUUUUAAUUGUCUGUCUGGGUUAAAAGAAGAAGAUUAAUCAGGAUGUGUAUAUAUGGGUUGUUUAAUAAAUGUGGUUGAGGCCAAAUGGAUGUUCAUUUUAGUGUUACUCUACUUGAGUUGUAAUGAUUUUUUAAAUAUUAAAAUACUUCUAUCAAUCAUUCCCUA